CAGGGCUUGGUAUUAGGUCCUACCGUACCUGCGUAUAUACCUGCGUGGAGAUAGACAAACGUAGCUAAGGUGCCUUGCCCAUAGACACAAGCAUUGAAACCGGUAAACGUGUAUAAAGAUAACGAGGUUGAUAUAGCAAGGCUGACAACAAUAUUAGAGAGUAAAUACGACAUCACAGUGGACUAAACAAGAAGUGGUUGUCUGAACAGAAGUAUACACCUUCAACAUGUCUCUGUCGAAGAUGCUGAUAGGUCUACUGCUGUUUAUCUUUAUCCCUGCUACAUUUGCCCGUACGACUGAAAAAUUGCACCCAAACGGACGUUCUGGGGAGACAGAGUCUGGUGACACAUUUGAAGGAGAUAUAAAACUAACAGAGAAACAACGAGAAGAGCUUGAAAACGCGAUUUUAGGGGGACCGACACAACGCAAAGCUAUAAACAGUCAGUUUUAUCGGUGGCCUGAUGCUAUAAUCCCAUAUGAAAUUGCCGAUGAAUCACUUGAUAACGAAGAUAUAAUCCGUACAGCAAUCGAGCACUGGGAGACUAACACCUGCGUGCGGUUCCAGGAAGUAUCGUCUGGAGAUAGAGUUUUAUUUACUAAGCAAGAUGGGUGCUGGUCUUAUAUCGGUAAAAUCAGUAGUCAGCCUCAGAACAUAUCUAUCGGCGUCGGAUGCCAAUAUCUUGGGAUAAUAGCUCAUGAAAUCGGACAUGCUGCUGGGUUUUUUCACGAGCAAUCGCGACCAGAUCGUGACGACUUCGUUGAGAUUCUAUGGGAUAAUGUGAUAGGUGGAACGAGUAAUAACAAUUUUUUAAAAUACGGAACUGACUAUAUUAAUACUAUGGAUGUGCCAUAUGACCUGACAUCAGUGAUGCAUUAUGGAAAGUCUUACUUCUCGGUAAACGGCCUUCCAACAAUCGUGACUCUAGAUCCUAUUCUGCAAGAUGUGAUUGGACAAAGGUCUGGGCUAUCGUUUCAAGACAUUCAUUUGGCAAACCUUAUGUAUGAAUGUGAUAUUGACUGCACUGGUACACCCUGCGAGAACGCAGGCUACAGGAGAUCUACCAACGGGUGCGACUGUUUGUGCCCACCAAACUUUUCAGGAAGUUUGUGUGAAACAGAGGAGCUUACGGACUCCUGUUCGUUAACAAUAGACGAAUCUGAAAGUAGUUCUGGAACCAUUUCAUCACCCAACUAUCCGGAAAGUUAUACCACCAACUUAGAUUGUUACAUCUAUUUCAAUGGUACCAGUAAUCUUACGAUUACCUUCGAUGCCUUUAAUUUGGAGGCAGAUACUUUUUGCAGGUGGGACUACCUGGACAUACGUAACACUAAUUUUUACUAUCCCGGUAGCCUGUUUUGUGGAAGCAACAGCCCGGGAACCAUUGUUGAAGAAGAUGGCGAAAUAUUCCUAGCAUUUCAUUCUGAUAGCACAUUAACUGCUAGUGGGUAUCAUGCUACAUAUGAGUUUCAACCAACAACAGCGGCUACAACCGAGUUACCUACUCAAACUAAUAGCGAACCUACUACAUCAGCACAACCGACAACAUCAGUGACAACUCAAGAACCUACCACAGCGGCACCACCGACGACAUCAGUGACAACUAAGGAAUCUACCACAGCGGCACAACCGACAACAUCAGUGA